ACUGCCGUUGCGCCACCGUUGCGCCACAUAUUUUUGCGCCACAACUCUUGGUCUCCUUCAAUUGAAACAUUACAACACCACAAGUUCUUCUUCGUUAUUCGAAUUCGGAAUGUUCGAUCGCUUUGAAAUAUCGGGUAGCGGAGUCUAGCUUCCGGGUUCCGCUAAAUUGACCUAUUCCUGGAGACUAAUGGUCGAAUUUGGCUCCCAAUGGCGGACGCGAUACAGCAGGAUUCGCCGCUAUCCAUAACCGCCAGCGUUGCCGGGAUCCUGACAUUUUUCGUGGCCAUCGUAGCAGCCGUCUAUGUACGCAUAACAUAUCUUAAAAACAGCGACCAGGAAUAUUUCCGGGUGAAAACUUCGCUAUCCUGGUAUAAAACUGAGUCAGCAUGGCUGGCGGAACUCGUGACGGCCGCGGGGAGCCGCCCGGAUGCAAAAUACCAGCCUGAGUAUCAAAUGUACACGUUCGUCAUGGACGAUCUAAUUAGGCUCGAGAAGAGACUGUUGGAGUUAGUUGAGGAGAUAGAGUCAAAAGCUGGUAGUGAGGAUGAGCACCAAAAUGGUAAACGAUGGACGCUCGUGCCAAGUAGUUGGGGGUUUACUACAGCUAUUGCAAUGGCGUGGCUACCCGUCAGGACGCAAGUUUUGGAUUUGGUUCGACAGAGGGACGCGUUGACAGCUAGAGUUUCCUUUACACAGAUGAGUUUGAUCUCUUCGUAAGUCAACUUAUCGGACUGUUGAGAUUGCGUGCAGCAUUGCUAAGCAUUCCCUAGGACAAUUCGGGAAGUCGACCUUAGGAAUAGAAGAAGAGAGGCGACGGUAGAUAACAGUCUUGAAAGACUAGAGGCUGUCAUUGAGGACCAGAGAGCUGAGAUAUAUCGAUUAGAGGACC